CUCAGCGACCUCUCACUCAUUUACUCUGUUAACUACUCUCUCUCUCUCUCUCUCUCUCUCUCUGGAGCAAUGCAUAGGCAAUCACUAGGUUCGCCAGGAUCAAAGCACCUCAACUCUCAUGGAGUCAUCGUCGAAGCACGAGACGACGGCUCUGUAGCCACCUUACUGUUUGCGGAUUCUUCCGCUUCCAACUACGACGAAGACGAUGAAGAGCGCAAAUCGCUGAAGCGUCUCGGUAAGGCGGAGAAAUAUGUGCACCUAAUCCCACUCCUCACCGUCCUUUGCUAUCUCAUCCUCUACCUCUCCUCCCACCAUCCUACCGACAACGAUUUAGCUCAGUUUAAUGGCUUCAACGGAUUCUCUAAGCCUAUAGAAUCCGGUGUUGCAGCGAUAGAGAAGAGCAACGUUCUGGCGAUUCGAAGCUUGAGGAACCUCCGCGAGAUUGACAUGGAUAGCUCAAAGCGUAGGUUUCACCGGAAAAUUGCCGAUUUUUAAGAUGGAUAAUCUGCUUCUCUCUCUCUCUUAUCUAUUUAUCUACGGCGUCGCCGGACUUCCGUUACCGGAGCCAGUGCUCUCCCACCGACAUCAGAUUUUUUUACCACACCUGUCAAUUUUCUUUUUAUUUUACCUCCCGUGCCCCUUUGUAAAAGUAUAUUACUCCAUUUUUUUUUCCUUUUUACCGUUGUGUAUGGAGAUAUUCGUAGGCUGUAAAAUUUUGUGAACAGAAUUGUGCGCCGCCGGUGAGGGGUGUAGGUUAGGUCAUUUCAUUAAAAAUGCGCCGAGGGUUUUAAAUGCGAAACAGCUGGAAAAAUAGGAGCGUUGCAGCAAAGGGGCCUCGUGCUGCGGUUGGAAUCGCCAGCUGGAAAAAGCAUGUUUUGAUGCAAAGUCUCAUUGGCUUCUGUGAAUUAACUACUUCGAGAACCGCUACCUCCUUCACCCAAACACUCACACUUUGUGCUAUCAUUUUCGUGAUUCUGUCGAAUAAGUGAGAAUGAUAUCUCAUUUCAUCUUUUAUGUUCAUUAUUUAUUGAUUAAAUUAAUUUUGUUUUUAAUUAC